AAAAAUGAUGUUUACAUUUUGUUGUAAAUUGGUAAAUUCCGCUCUUACAAAAACAGGUCUCCAAACAUUAGAGAGUUCCGUUGAUUUCCUGUUUACAGAUAUGGCAUCACAUUUUAGUGGAGCUUUACAACUAACUGAUUUAGAUGAUUACAUCACGCCAUCUCAGGAAUGUAUAAAACCUGUGAAAGUUGAGAGAAGACCUGGAAAAGUUGGUAAGAUUAGAAUAGAAGAUGAUGGAAGUUACUUUCAAAUAUCAGAGAUUGGUGAAGAAAAAAAACUUGAAAAGGCUAAAAUAACUUUAAAUGACUGUCUGGCUUGUAGUGGUUGUAUUACUUCAGCAGAAACAGUUUUAAUAACACAACAAAGUCAGGAUGAAUUAUAUAAAGUGUUAGAACAAAAUAAAAUCGUUACUCAGAAUGGGAAUACUGAAGAAAGAAAAUUAGUGGUAGUUUCUAUAGCUCCCCAGUGUAGAGCCUCCUUAGCUGUUAAAUAUAAUCUUACAUUACAUCAAACAGCUCGUAAAUUGACAGCAUUCCUAAAAAAUCUUGGGGUUGAUCAUGUGUUCGAUACCAAUUUCUCGAGAAAUUUUAGUUUAUUAGAAAGCUGUAGAGAGUUUGUUAGCAGAUACCGAGAAAGGGAAAAUAAUAAAACAGCACUACCAAUGUUGGCUUCUGCUUGUCCAGGAUGGAUUUGUUAUGCUGAAAAAACACAUGGUUCAUAUGUCCUGCCAUAUAUCAGUACAACUAAAUCACCACAACAAAUUAUGGGGUCUUUAGUUAAAGAAUAUUUUGGUAAAUUAAAAGGUCAGAGGCCAGAUCAAGUGUAUCAUGUGACAGUUAUGCCAUGUUUUGAUAAGAAACUGGAAGCCUCUCGUUCAGAUUUUUAUAGUGAUGUAUUUUCAACUAGAGAUGUUGAUUGUGUGAUAACUUCAGGUGAAGUAGAGAAAAUGUUAGAAAAAGAAGGAAUAAAUCUAGCAGAUGUUUCAGAGAUGUCCUUAGACACAAUAUUGAGUAAUGUGUUUGGAGAAGAACUAGUUGGACAUGAUGGAGGUGGAUCAGGUGGUUAUUUAGAACAUAUAAUAAAAUAUGCAGCUAAAGAAUUGUUUGAUUUAGAAUUACAGAAUAUACAGUAUAAUGUUUUAAGAAAUAAAGAUUUUCAGGAGGUUGUAAUAGAAAAAGAUGGUCAAGUUCUUUUAAAGAUGGCUCUUGCCUAUGGAUUUAGAAACAUUCAAAAUAUAGUUCAGAAAAUUAAGAGGAAAAAAUGUCAGUACCAUUUUGUUGAAAUCAUGGCUUGUCCAUCUGGUUGUACCAAUGGAGGUGGUCAAAUACGAAAUGAUCCAGAUGAAACUGCCAAUGAACGAUUAGCUAGAGUCAAUGAUUUAUAUAAAUCUGAGAAAACAAUCAGUCCAUUUGACAAUGCCGAUGUAAAACGAAUAUAUGAGGAAUGGUUAAAUGGCACAGACAGUGAAAAAUCCAAUUCAUUGCUACAUACCCAGUAUCAUGAAGUUGAAAAAAUGACGAAUGCUUUGAAUAUUAAGUGGUAGAUAAAUAAAAGGCAAUAUCUUACAUUUGUUUUUAUUUAUUUAUAUACAUAUAUACAAUGUAACAGUCACUUGUAACAAAAGUAAACGAUUCCUCUAAGAAAA